CAGCGUUAAUGAGCUAACGCUAGCUAGCUAAUUAUUUACUACUUGUAAGCUAUUAGCUAGGCUGGUGUGCACCGGAAGAGGAAAGAGCGAAGAAGCAGAUAAAGAAGUGAUGUUUAUGAGGCAGCAGAGCCUGGUGCAGCAGACCUUUGCUCACAUGAAGGAGAGUGAUGGUGACGAUGUGAGCUGCAGCACAGAUACCUCCAGGUGGUCCACUCCCUCCAGACUGCGCUGUGGCUCUAAUAGCUCACACUACUCAUCUGACUUUGAAGACCAGGCUGACUCGCUUACAGACAGGACCCUAGAUGUCAAGACAUCAGACAAAUGGCAGGAAUCUAACACAUGUGGAAGACAAAAAGGUAAAAAAGCACAAGGGCCCAACAAGCAGAAGACAAACCACACCGCAUACUGCCAAGUCCUAAAGUUGCCCCCGAUCAAGCACCUGCAGGUUUCAAACACGAGGAUCCAGUCUGCCAACUUGAACAGCAUCAGGGAGCUAAAGAGCCAGGUGUGGGAUCUGCAGCAGCAGCUGAGUGAAGCCAGGACUGAGAACAAGCUGCUGAAGAGCCUGCAGCAUCGCCACACGGUGGCACUGAAGCACUUCCAACAGUCUGAGGGCAGCAUCUCACAGAUCCUCACCAAGCACAGCAACAAGGCCCGAGUCCUGCAGGGGUUGCUCCGUGAGACCAGUGCCUGCCGUGACAAUCUGGCAAGGCAGCUACAAACCACAGAAAAUAAGUUGCGAAGCACAAAGGUCCGUCUCCAGCACCUGCAGCUGCUCAGCCAGGACCACAGCCUGCUGGAGAGGGAGGAACUCACCUUCAGGCUGGCCAGGGCCUCUGCAGAGCUGGAGAACAAGGACAAGAGGAUACUGGACUUGGAAAAGAAUCUUGAGUUGAGCCGUGCCUCGUUCAAUCGCCAAAUAAUGACCGAACAAAGAAAGAUCAACGAGGCGAGAAAGAUAUCCCGCUAUCGGCAAGAACAAAUAUAUCAGCUGAACAAGGCGAUUCAAGAUAGAGAGAGGAAUCUGGACACACACAAUAUUUACUUCCACAGAUUCUCAAAAGGAUCUUCCAAAAAAGGCAGUGAGAGCAAGAUGGUUCAAACAGAUCGAUUAAUCCUUCUCCCCACCGAGGCUGCGAGUCUUUUGGAGUUAGAGUUUAGAGAGAUUGAAGAAACGCUGGAAGAGCAAGAGAGCUCUGUGAACUGGUGUUGUUACAAUCCAGAGCAGGAGUCUUUGCGAAUAGACGAUCCAGAGACAGAGGUUUCUGCAAAUAUCACGUUAGAAGAGGUUCACCCAGAGGAUACUGAGACGCGUGCUGACAGAGAGCAGAGUAUUUCAGAUGAUGGCCAAGAAUAUCAAACUGAGGAAGAUUGUGCAGAAGAAAGGGAGACACCAGAGGCCCCUCAGGCGUCUGAAGAGGAGCCCAAAACAGAGGAACAUGAGAGCGAGAUGUCCUACAUUUUGGAAAAGUCUCUGAAUACAACUGAACCCAGGAGAAAAGGAUACAAGCUCUCCAAAUUCAGACGGAACUACGCAUUUAAACCAUCUAUUGAAAACAUGCACAGUGGAAGACCUGCCUACAGCAUUGUGGAAUUUAGUCCCUGUCAAAGCGCCAAAAGCCUGAUCAAGGUGGAACCACUCAGCAGUGGGAUUCAUGAACUCUGUCUACCAGCUUCCGGGAAAUCCAGGAAGGGUGGAGUAGGCAGCCCUCAGGGCAAGUAAAGGGCCGUUUAAAACCGAAGGAGCAGGCUGAUGAGGAGCCCUUUGGUCCGAGUGAAGUCACCGAUUUGGUGACUGGACAGAAGAACAUAGCCGAGUUCAAAAAUGUCCGAUGCACCUAUACUUUCCAGACUACAGGUGAA